CAGCACUUUGGAGAUAUAUUUCCACAGCAUCUGGCUUUUCUUGUUCCUGUUCUGAAGUCAGUAAAUGUAACUGCAAUCCUCCGGAGGACUGUCUAUGAGAGAGAAGCUCCCCACGUGGUUCCAUGUCGGUGGGCUCCACGACAAAAGUCAACCCUUCUGUAAAUCACCUGCUGUGGUUAUGAUGCUCGGAGUUCAAUACGUCUGAACCUUUGCUGUCUAUGGAUCUGCUCUAAACCUUAUAGCCUGCUUAUGGGGGAAGUUCCCAGGUCCCCCUUCAGUGAGGUCUUCCUGACGGAUGCUGAUAUGGUCUGGCUGUGUCCCCACCCAAAUCUCAUCUUGAAUUGUAGCUCCCACAAUUCCUACAGGUCAUGGGAGGGACUCAGUGGGAGCAUCUCAUCUUGUCUAAACGGGGAGAGUGGCCAUCUGUCCGAUACCCGCAUCAAACCUGAUCGUUCCCAGCCUCACAGAGCUGCUUUGUUCCGAGGUGACACCUUCUGGGCCCCAUCUGUCCUUCCUCACAGCACCCUCAGCACCUUAAGCCACCACCCUCAGCCACAAUUUGGCAGAAGGAUGGAGUCCAAGGUCUCAGAAGGUGGCCUGAACGUGACCCUCACCAUCCGCCUGCUGAUGCAUGGAAAGGAAGUUGGAAGCAUCAUCGGGAAGAAAGGAGAAACUGUGAAGAAGAUGCGUGAGGAGAGUGGUGCAAGAAUAAACAUCUCAGAGGGAAACUGCCCAGAGAGGAUCGUGACCAUCACAGGCCCCACAGACGCCAUCUUCAAGGCCUUUGCCAUGAUCGCAUACAAGUUUGAGGAGGAUAUCAUCAACUCCAUGAGCAACAGCCCUGCCACCAGCAAGCCCCCAGUGACGCUGAGGCUGGUGGUGCCUGCCAGCCAGUGCGGGUCCCUGAUCGGCAAAGGAGGCUCCAAGAUCAAGGAGAUCAGGGAGUCCACAGGUGCCCAGGUGCAGGUGGCCGGGGACAUGCUGCCCAACUCCACAGAGCGAGCAGUGACCAUCUCGGGGACCCCAGACGCCAUCAUCCAGUGUGUCAAGCAGAUCUGUGUGGUCAUGCUGGAGUCCCCACCGAAAGGUGCCACCAUUCCCUACCGCCCAAAGCCCGCCUCCACCCCUGUCAUUUUUGCAGGUGGUCAGAAACUUGGAGUCGGAAGCAUCAAGGCUGAACUGUUUCCCUCCCGCCCGCUGAACUGGCCAGCUCAGCUCUGCCCGCCCAGAGGAAGCCUACACAAUCCAGGGACAGUAUGCCAUCCCCCACCCGGAUCAGUUGACCAAGCUCCACCAGUUGGCCAUGCAGCAAACCCCCUUUCCUCCCCUCGGACAGACCAACCCCGCUUUCCCCGGAGAAAAGCUGCCUUUACACUCCUCCGAAGAAGCUCAAAAUCUGAUGGGCCAGUCAUCAGCCAGGAGACUUCCAGCGUGGGCUUGGACUGCAGGUUGGGGCAGGCUCCUUUACCCCUGGUACCUGGAAUGUCAUCAUCUUCAUAAGAAACAGACUCACCUGGGCCAUGCCGUCCUGAGAUGAAUGAACACAUUGGCCGUGCCAUCCUGAGAUGAAGGAACACAACGGUCAUGCUAUCCUGAGAUGAAUGAACACCUGGGCCAUGCCAUCCUGAAAUGAAUGAACACAUCGGCCAUGCUGUCCUGAGAUGGAUAAACACCUGGUCCAUGCCGUCCUGAGAUGAAUGAACACAUCGGCCGUGCCAUCCUGAGAUGAAGGAACACAACGGUCAUGCUAUCCUGAGAUGAAUGAACACCUGGGCCAUGCCAUCCUGAAAUGAAUGAACACAUCGGCCAUGCUGUCCUGAGAUGGAUAAACACCUGGUCCAUGCCGUCCUGAGAUGAAUGAACACAUCGGCCAUGCCGUCCUGAGAUGAAUGAACACAUCGGCCAUGCUGUCCUGAGAUGAACAAACACCUGGGCCGUGCCGUCCUGAGAUGAAUGAACACAUCGGCCAUUCUGUCCUGAGAUGAAUGAACACCUGGGCCUUGCCAUCCUGAGAUGGAUGGACACCUGGUCCAUGCCGUCGUGAGAUGAAUAAACACAUCAGCCAUGCUGUCCUGAGAUGAGUGAACACCUGAGCCAUGGUGUUCUGAGAUGAAUGAACACAUCAGCCAUGCUGUCUUGAGAUGAAUGAACACAUCAGCCAUGCCAUCCUGAGAUGAAUGAACACCUGGGCCAUGCUGUCUUGAGAUGAAUGAACACAUCAGCCAUGCCAUCUUGAGAUGAAUGAACACAUCAGCCAUGCCAUCCUGAGAUGAAUGAACACAUCGGCCAUGCUGUCCUGAGAUGAAUGAACACCUGGGCCAUGCUGUCUUGAGAUGAAUGAACACAUCAGCCAUGCUGUCCUGAGAUGAAUGAACACCUGGGCCAUGCUGUCUUGAGAUGAAUGAACACAUCAGCCAUGCUGUCCUGAGAUGAAUGAACACCUGGGCCAUGCUCUCUUGAGAUGAAUGGACACACCAGCCAUACUCUCCUGAGAGGGAUGAACACCUGGGCCUUGCCGUCCUGAGAUGAAUGAACACAUUGACCAUGCUGUCCUGAGAUGAAUGUCCUGGUUAUGCAGACAUUUCUUUAUAUUAUUUGCUUAACUUUAGUGCCUCCUAGGAAGAUUUCCCAUACUUUCCUCCCUUCAAUCAAAAUAUCCCAAGUUCAACAGGUCUAUUCAUCUAAGGUCUACUCUGUUCAUCUCAUCUAAGGUCUAUUCAUCUCUAUUCAUCUAAGGUCUCCUUUGUUCAGGAAUUCCUGUCUAGGACUCAGCCAGGACCAAGGAAAUCUUUUCAGUGACAUUUUAAAUAUCACUGUUUAUGGAAUGUGUAUAGAUAGUUGAAUAACCAAAUAAGUGUUGUUUUGAAAGUAUCUUUAUUAAAAGAAUAUAAAGAACAGAAACUCUAGGCUUAUAUAUGCAAAAGAAAAAUAAUGGAGAAUUAGAGAUGAAUCGGUUCAUUCAGCACCAGCUGAUCCCCUCCUGUGCUGGACCGUCCCACAGGACUACGUCUGCCCUGUGGAGUCACUCCCUGCCAGGGAGACUGGCUGGCCACAGUGAGAGGAUCCUCUGGUUGGUGGUGCCAGUACCAUAAGACAAGAUGAGAGGUGGCAUUGUGGACAAACUGCCCCACCCAGGGCCCAGGGAGGGUGUGGCUGGCAGGGAUGGGGCAGGGCAGAGGUGGUGGGGAGGAACAGGAGCUGUGUGGCUUUAACAUGGAGUUGGGGGACACAGGAGGCGCCGUGAGGAAGUAGGAGCUCAUUGGGAGUCUCCAGCCAUUGGAGGUGCAUUUUGGGGACCCCUCUGGUCUGUCUGGAACCUAGGCUGAGGGGCACAGCAGAGGCAGG